UUUAUUUUUCUAUUUCCCACAACGUGCCAAAUUUUAUAUCCAUCGGAUAAAAUAAUCACAUUCAAAUGCCAAAAUGUAUGCAAUGAGUUUUAAAAACUGAUGUCUGGGUAUUUCAUGGUAGAGACCCUCUUCCAUAGCUUACUCGCAUUUUUAGCUGCGAACUCAUUACGGCCACGCCCACAAUGAACACAUGCCGCCCACAAAAAGCGAGGGAACAUGUGUGUGUUUAGUCCUGUCUUGAAAACUUUCCCUAUAUAAAUUACCAGCUCGGGGCGCAUCGCAGGCGAUGAGAACGACACUUUUAGCACGAUGCAUGGCGUAUUUUCUGUUUUUUGUUCCCUCGCUGGCUCACUAAUAAUGUCGCCAGCAGAAGCAAAAAGGGGGAUUCUUCGGCGAAGGAUAUCCAGCAGCAGAAGCUGCGAGCAGGAAGCAUCCAGCCGCCAGGAAAACUCAUUCGCAACGUAUGCUGCCACGUGGCGGACGCCUUUUGUCUGAAACACCCGUCCGCAGAAAUUGAAUUUGGCCACGAUAUAACUCGAUUCACACGCCACACUGCAAGCGUUCCAACUUCACAGCUUCCUGGAUGGGUGACGAAUCAAUUGAGUUGGAGAUGUCACCGACUUGGGACACCCGACAGGCGGCGAUGGAAACAAUGAAUAAUGCUCUAUAAAAUAUGACUCAAAUAUCAAACCACUGAAUAUGUAGGUUAUAUGAUGAUUUUUACGAUUUUCUUUUACAAAAAUCAAAGGACAAUAUGAAAGCUAAUCAUGAGAACGAUCGAAAUAUAAACUUAGGUUUGCCGAAGUUUGUUUCCUUUAUUGUUUUAGCUUUAAUUUUAUAUUUAUUUCCAAUUGUAGUUUAUAAUACAAGUCCUUACUCACAUGAUUCUAUAGAUAUUCAAAAUCAAACCAUUAUUGUCGAUCUUGUCUGUCACCGUAAAGAACUUCAAUCAUAGGCUAUUCGUUUUUCACACGUUUUCUAAGGCCCAAACCCUCCAAAAUACACCAACAUGGAGAUCCGCGAAAGGCUCUACAAUCUAAUGGUGAACCAGAGCUUCAUGUCGCGCUCCACCAUCACCGAGAGCAUGGCCCAGUUCGCAAUCCUCGACCUGGAGAGUUCGGAUGCCAUUGAGAAGACGGUGAUCAAGAUCCUGCUGGUGAUCGAGGAGAAGUACCGCAGUUACUUCGAGAGCUACCAGAAGGAGCUGGAGCUGCAGAGGAUCGCGGCCCAGACCCUGAGUCAGCUGAUCCAGCGCUACAAGAUCACCAUGCAGGUGGACACGAGCUGCAUUUGCCCGCACAUCUACGAGAUCGAGUCGGAGGAGGCGAUCAUCAACAAGUACUACCUGCACUACCAGGUGAUCGCCAGUUCCAACAAGAGCCAAAGCUGGGCCAUCCACAACCUGCGACCCUGUGUCCUCAUCUUCCGGCGCGAGUGCGCCAAGCUGGACCAGAACGAGGAGAGUCCGUUCAUCCUGGGCGACGCCUUCCACAAGCCGAUCAAGUUCUUCAUGGACUUGGUGGAGGAGCUGUUCGCCUACUUCUACAGCGGGCACUUGCAGCUGGACUGCGCCGCCCGCCUGCUGGAUCCCCUGGAUCUGGGCAGCCUGGAGUACUACCAGAAGCUGUUGGCCCCCAACGAGGACUUCGACGAGUACUUCAUGCAGAACAUGAGCUUCUGCCAGUGCCUGCGGCUGCCGCCCAAGUGUGCGCCCUUUGAGUGCCACCAGAAGAUCAAGGACCAGGCCGAGCCCUACAUCUCCCAGGCGAAGAAGGCGCGCUGUGCCAGGAGGGUUGCCAAGAUGUCGGCCACCGGACAGCAGAGUCCCAAGCCGGAGGGCAAUGGGUCAGAACGGAAGGCUUCCAUCGUGAGCCAGCACAGCGAGAAGGCAACCACUAGUGUCAGCCAGGAAUCGAGUCCUUCCGAGGAGCAAACGACCGCACUGAGCCAACAACAUGAGCAGACCCUAACGAAUCAACUGCUGAAUGCCUUUACUAUCUGCCAGAAUUAGCAGGCUGCAAUCCAUUCCUGUCUCAAAUUAAUGCUCCCGUGGACCUAUAACUCCGAAUUAGACAUACUUAAAUUGUAAUCAGCCAAUUAAACGACCGAAGUGCACGUGAUUGCGUUCUCGGUUUCUCGGAAAUGUUUGCGGAAAUGUUAUUAUCCCCCUUGCCCCGCGGACAUGUGCUGCACGCAAUUUGGAUUUGCCUACUCCUCUAAUGACUUUCCAGCUGGUGUGGCAUCCAAGCUCGAUUCUGUUUUACUUCCAACUGAGCACACUCGAUAGUCAAAAGGGCUCUUAAUUAAAAGCAAACUGAAGUUUUAUUUCAA